AUGAAGAAGGAUGAAGACAUUGAAACCAUGUUUUCUAGGUUUCAAGUUCUUAUAUCUAGACUUCAGGAGGCUAAAGACUUAAACACAUUAUAUCUUCAAAUUCUUAUCAGCAAUCUUCAGAGCCAUGAGAUGGAGCUCAAUGGAGAUGAACCUGUCAGAAAGUCAAAGCCUCUGGCUUUAAAAUCUGUUGCUAAAACCAUCAAGGCUCCUCAAGAAUACAUAAGUUCAGUUCAAAGCAAAAAUGAAGCUCCAGAGAAAUAUCAUAUUGCUCUAGUAAAGGAAGUGUCUGAUAAACCUCUUGAUAAGCAUGAAAUGGCUCUUCAAGAGUUUAUCAUGAAUGGUUUUAAUAGAACUAAAUUUGCCUCCAUGAUUUAUGGAGUAUGUAGAAGCAAAGGGGAAGGUCUUAGUUACUCAAAAAAAUAUUUUAAUCCAAGGUUUGAAACCUUGAGCAAACCAACAUAUCCUUCUUCUUCAAGCUCUGCUCAGAAAGGACUUGACUCUUAUUUUGUACCUGCUGCUGAAAAUGCAAAGGUUUUGAAUCAGUCAGAACCUAUAACUGUUGAGUCAAGGGUUCUGAAGAAACCAGAACCUAAGACUCUAAAGUCAAAGGUAUUUUGCCUUAUAUCAGUGAGUGAUGAGAAAUGGCUUCGGGGGAGAAGGUUAGGUCAUGAUAACUGGAGAUUAAUCUCUAAACUUAGCAAGUUGAAACUUGUUAAAGGAUUUCCGGACCUCAAUUAUCACUCAGAAGCUCUUUGUGGAGCAUGCCAAGUAGGCAAAAUUAGUACAACUUCUUUCAAAGCUAAAAACAUUGUCUUUACCUCUAGACCCUUAGAACUGCUUCACAUUGAUUUGUUUGUUCCUGUUAGUACUACAUCAAUCAAUGGGAAGAAAUAUGGACUAGUCAUUGUUGAUGACUAUAACAGAUGGAUUUGGGUUAAAUUCCUUAGAGCCAAGGAUGAAUCAUAUGAUAUGUUCAACAUCUUCUAUAUGCAAGUACAAAAUGAAAAGGAAUAA